AUGGCCACCACCACCAUCAGUGUAGAUGAGAGCGGCAGUUACGGCUUCAAGAGAAGCGACAUGUACGAAAGCAAACUCGCUGGAAGUGUUGAGCAGUACGAACGACACUUGUUCCUAUGCUACAAGUCUCAUGAGUCGUGGCCUACCCGAGUCGAGAAAUCUGAUGCCGAUCCUCUCCCUAAGCUUCUCGCCUCUGCCCUAAGAGCUCGUAAAGACGACAUUAAACUCAAGACUCGUUUGACCAUAUGCGAGGCAGGCGACAAUGGGAAGCUGUCAGAUGGAGACGUACUGAUUUUUCCCAAAAUUAUUGUAUACAGAUGUGGGGUUUGUGACCCAAUUUUGAUUGAGAAGUUUAAGGAAGAGAUUGGAUCCAAAGAUUUGAAGAAGCAUGUAUCUUACUCACAUGUACACAAAUAUGCUGGCAAUGUGAUAAUCUUUAGUGCAACUCCUAAUGGUAAAAUUGCUGGUAACUGGUGA